UAUAAAUUUAUUAUUAUUAUUUUCUAGACAAAAUCCAGGAUAAGUUUAACGAUAUAAAAAUUUGAAAACAAGAAUUUUUAAUUAAAAAUUCCUACCAAAACAAAUUAAAGUUUUGUUACAUAUCACAUGAUUCUUUUUACAUUCACGUCAUUAGCUGAAUUUAAAAUAUUACUAUUUUACUCGUUUAAACAGAUAAAUAUUUUUAAUAUAUCCAUUUAUUCCUGUGUCGACCGAGCGAAUAAAGUAGACUGUCACGUGUUUGCACCUCACCAGGUUUUCUACAUGUCUUCUGUUUAAGUGAAUAAGUCGACACGGGAAUGCCCUUCUUUGCAGAUCCCCAAGUGUUGAGCCGUUUUAAUGCUUCAACCCCAUUUAUUUUUCUGUCGUUUUAGGUGACCUAUAAACUGAAAAUAAAAUAAAUAUUAUUAAAAUGAGUGAUAAAACUUAACGAUAAUAUUCUGAUAUGCUAUAGUAAAGUCUGCGCUUUGAAGAAGCAUAAUGAAUAGAACUGAAGAUUCUCUCUAUUCAAAUUCAACAGUUAAUUUUACAAACAAUACAAUCAAUGACGAUCUUCGUGCAGCUCAUAAUGUUCUCAUGAUUAUUUUGAUCACAUCGAUUAUGAUUGCAAUGGGUGCUGAUAUUUGUUGGAAACAGAUUUGGAUGCACGUUCGAAAGCCAUUUGGACCAAUAAUAGGUGUCCUUUGCCAAUUUGUGAUGAUGCCAUUGGUCGGUUUCAUAUAUAAUAAGAUAUUCAAAUUUGAACCUAGAAUAGCAGCGGGAUUACUUAUAAUGUCGUGUUGCCCAGGAGGGGCAGUAUCUAAUGCUUUUGCUUAUUAUUUAAACGGUGAUGUUUCUUUAAGUGUCACCAUGACUACUGUAUCUACCAUUUUAGCAUUAGGCAUGAUGCCUCUUAAUGUUUGGAUAUAUGGAAUCAGGAUAGAAUCUAAUGCUUUAAUUAUACCUUAUAAUAAUAUUGCUUUAUCAUUGAUAAUCGUCACCUCUCCAGUGUUGGUAGGUAUGGCAAUUAAAUGGAAAGUUCCGAAAGUAUCUGUCUAUGUUACUAAGGGAGGAAGUGCUAUAGGUUUUGCACUUAUUAUAGUUGUAUUAACAAUAGAUUUUGUCGUGUAUCAAGAGUUUUUAUGUCAUAUAUCAUGGAGACUUAUUGUAACAUGUAUAAUUAUGCCUAUAACCGGGAUUCUAUUGGGAUAUUUCAUAGCUUUUAUUUGUAGAAGAUCAAAUGCCAUUUGUAAAACCAUAGCGAUUGAAAGCGGAAUACAAAAUGCGGCUGUAGUGUUUAGUGUUAUUAUUUUAUCUUUUGAUAUGAAGAAAUAUUUUACAGUUCUUUUAAUUCCAUUGUUUUAUGCAACGUUUCAAUUUGUUAUAUUUUCUGUCUUUUGUUUCUCUUAUAACAUUUAUGUUAAGUGUAAAAAGAAAAACGAAGCGGUUCAGAACACGGAAAACAACUUAAUCUGAAAAAGUGAUUUUAUUUGGAAAAAUAUGUUUAAAUUUUGUUUUUUAUUUUAAA